AUGAAGAUCGGAGUUGUCGGAACAGGAAUCUUUGCCACAGAUGCGCAUGUACCUGCCUUUGAACAGGCGGGCAAUAUCCAGGUAACUGCCGCGUACAACCGUACUAAGUCAAAGGCAGAGAAGUUCGUAGAGGUUGCCUCCAACGGCCAGGCCAAGGUCUACGACUCUAUUGAUGAGGUCUUUUCUGAUGCAAACAUUGACGCUGUCGACGGUUUGCUGCCUGUAGACAACAACCUUGAGCUUGUGAAAAAGGCUAUUGCUGCAGGAAAGCCCCUGGCGUUUGAAAAGCCUAUUGCCCACGAUCUUGAUGCCGCGAAAAAAAUUGUCGAGCUCACCAACAAGAGCGACGUGCCCAUCAUGGUUCUGGAGAAUUGGUGCUUCCAUGAACGGACUUUGAAAAUGAAGGAGCUCGUCAAGAAAAUCGGCAAAGUUGAGCUUUUCCUCUACCAAACUACUAAGCCCUUUUUCAUCUCCAAGUAUCACCAGACCGCGUGGCGACAGAAGCCCAAGCAUAUUGGUGGUUUCAUUAGCGACGGUGGUGUUCACGACAUGGCCUUCAUCACCGAAGUUCUAGGUGAUGUUGCUGAAGUUAACGCUCGCACCUCCCAGCUCCGCGAGCAGAAUGGAGAUAUUGACACCCUCAAUGCCCAAUUGCGCUUAGAGUCCGGUGCUUUUGGUAGUUUCACCUAUGCUAAGGCAUUUGGUGCUGCCGAUUCCACUCUCUCAUUCCAAAUUUUCGGAACUGAGGGGUCUGUUGUUUUUGACGGCAACUCAAUUGUCUUGAGAACAGGUCCUGACGGAAACGAUAUGAGCAGCGAAACUUUCGAACUUGCUCCAGAGUCUGUCAAUGGUGUAGUCAGUGAGUUCAAGAACUUCACUGAAGCUGUGAAAACCAACGAUAAGUCUGUUAUCGUCUCUACCCCUGCCAAGUCGUUCCACCACUUUGCCACGAUUGUAGCCUGUACCGAAUCUUCAAAGAAGAACGGAAACACUGUUCAAGUAUCAAAAGCUUAG